GUCUACAGUGUUUUAGCUACCGUUUGGACUACUUGGUCUAGCAACAAGCUUUAGUAAUACAUUUCAUGUUGGCAGAUCGUCGUCAUGCUACUUGGACUUAGAUGCCGUCAUUUCUAACGAAAAUCAGUGCACGACCAGCAGUUCUACGAGGGACUCUAACUACACGGCAAUGGAGUCAAAGGAAGCAGUCAGUGUACCAUACUGAUAUUUCUUGUCCUGUCUCAGCUCAUAACGAAUGGGACCCUCUGGAGGUAUGUACAUUG